AUGGGAUUCCCAGUGUGGAGUCGUUUUGGAAACUAUGGUGACAAAUGGAAUCAAGCGCAACUUCCUGUGAAUAAUCAAACGGCGUCAUAUCAGGUGAGCAUGUAUGGCUCAGUAAAUACCAAAUAUAACCAAAAUCAAAGAAAGCAGAUAUAUAGAGGAUAUUACACGGCUGCGCAAAGAAUGGUGAAAACAAUAUUUUACGAAAAACCGAGGGAGUAAGUAAAAUAAUGUUUUUUUCUUUUUUACGAGCAAUAUAAAUGUAAUAUCUUCAAGCCACCGUGUGCAAUUUUCUGUUCAUUCUAUAGUGCCAUGAGCAAAAUAUUGUGAAAUUUCGCGUUCAAAAGCAAAUUGGAAUAAGUCCCGUGAUCGAUAUCUUCACUAGUGAAGAUAUGGAACAUAUCUCAAUUUGUAUUUAUCGAAUUCAGCAUCUCACUGUCUACUUUAAUAUAUAAGUGGGUAUAGAAUUAAAAAUAUCUGUACCUGCUUGUUCAAUGGUUAAAUAUUUGUGAAUUUGAUCUACCAGUUAAGGCAAACGUACUUUUUACUUUCUUUGCAGUACGUGAUCGAAGGUGUACGAGGUAGGGGUUUCAGGGGAGACAUUGCGAUUGAUGAUAUCUCUCUCAGGGAUUCAUGUACUGCCGGAGGUAAAUCAUUUGAGUAUUAAUAAUUAUGUUGGCCGAAUUGAAGGUUCAAUAUUUGACAAAAUAAAGGAGAAAGUUUUUGCUAUUUUUCUUUCUAGCUCAUCAUUUGUGCUGCCUAUAGAUAAUAACGUUUCUUAACGAUUUUAGGAAAUGAACCUAGUAAACCGAUGUCAGUAGAUAAUAACAGAAGUACAAAGGUGGCAACAUUUGCAUUCUCUACUAGACCUGCAGCUUUACCAUCUCAAGGUACAGUGAAGGCUCCAGUGAAGCGUUGCAACGAACUAAACUUUAUAGUGGAGUUGUCAAACUAUAAUCGCAACAAGUGCAUCCGUGUGACACGAACGUAAGGUGUAAUAAAUGUAUAAAAUUUGCAAUCCCAUAUUAAUCAAAAUUUUGAUCUCAACAAGUCAAGACAAAAUUCCAUCACAACGUGAAAGAGCAUCACAAAAUUAGUAAUAUUGCAAAGUUUGGUAGCGAAAUGUUGUAAAAUGGGCGUACUAUAACCUUGCGCGAAACUAUUUACAGUUUUCAGUCAUUUUGUAUAAUGAGCGGGAAACGGUUACCACUUUUACAAAAUUUUGAUCUCAACUAGUCAAACAAAAAUUUCAUCACAGCAUGAAAGAGUAUCACAAAAUUAGUAAUAUUGCAAAGUUUCGUUGCUAAAAGUGCAGUCAUUUUGUAUUACGCACGGAAGUGGUAACCAUUUCCCGUUUGUAAUACAAAAUGACUGAAAAUUACAAACUUUGCAAGGCUAUAUUAUUCGCAUUUUACAACAUUUCGCAACGAAACUUUGCAAUAUUACUAAUUUUGUGAUGCUCGUGAUGCUCUUUUAAGCUGUGAUAUCGAAUAAUCAUAUUUGGAUUCAACUUUAAUUAAUAAAUCUUUUUUUUUUAGAGAAAGGAACAACAAAAAAUGCUAGCAGAAUCACUAUAAUAGCGACAACAAUAGAAGCCGCCAUAUUUCUUUGCAUCCUGGUUAUAGUCUUAUUGGUAAAUUACAAACGAUGGAAGCGAGCUUCAAUAUUAUCACCUCAUGUCAAUACUGCAUUUGAGUUAAAUGAAACUUCACCAGUGACAUUGACAGUUGAUGAGGUAAAUUAAUGAUCUGUGCCCAUGGCGUUGCUGACAGGGUGAAUGGUUACUACAGUACAUAUGGACAUCUAGGAAGAACACUUCAGAACAUUUUUGAACUCGUAGAGCUACCCAAUAUCAAUAAAGUCAGUCUAGUUUUGUUUAGAUUUAAUUCUACAGUAGCUCUGGGCGCAUAAAACAUGGGCUUCACUAAACCUCUAGCAAAAACAUUUAGCUGAACUGAUAAGAGCUAUCUAGUAGCCUAUAAGUAAAGUUAUACUUUAAUAACUCCAGGUUUUCCUCCAGGUUUUCUCAUCCAUAAGAAACCCACUACCAUAUUUUUUUUGACAAGCACGUUUAUUGUCUCGUGAUACUGUACUUUGCUUGGGGUGAAAAUCACACCCUGUGCAAUCGUAAGUAAAACAUAAUAUUUUUUUAAACAGGAGCAAGAUUACGAAAUUGUAACGAGAAUUAAUCAAGAGUUUAAUGACGACGCCGUCACAAGUGCAAACAAGUCUGAGGGCACUUCAGCUGAAAGUCAGUAAUAUAAUAUUUGCUUGCUCAUUAUAACAAAAAAUGUAAUGUAUAUUCUUGGGCUUUAUACGACGUCACAAUAGUGACGGGUGGUCAACUCAGUUUUAUAUGAAGUCACAGAAGUGACGGUGGGUCAACUCUAAAACAAAACACGGUUAUCAGAGUGAGUCGAUUGCUCGUUUUGUGUAUUAGCCUUGUUUUUGGUAGCAAAUACAUGGAAUUUCGGAUCAUUUUCUCCCUCCGGUACAGCAUAAGCAUCAAUACAUUCGAGGUUGACCCCGUCAGCUUCACUUCCCGUCAGGCUCUAUUUUACAAAUACAGGCUGACACAAACCUUAAUGCGAAACUGUAGAACGAAAUAAAAGUUGAGAAGAGAUCAGGGAGUUUGAAUCUCUCGCUUCCUUUGACAACCAAAUCUCAUUGACUCUCGUGAACUCUCAUCAAUUACUCUUAUCCACUUUCACUUGGUUCAAAUUUUAAGUGCUGUUCGUGAGAAAUUCUACUACGCUUGUUAAAAUUUUGUCAACUCUGGAAAAUGGUUAACUGGUUCACAUUUUCAAGAAAGUUGACGAGAGUUCCGGCUACAUGCUGAAAUAUCCGCUCAACUGUCAUGCAAUUAUUGUUCUUACUGCAGACACUAACUGGCCUGCUCUCCUUGACUUUCUUGCUUGUUUGAUUAGAUUUAAUUAAUAAUCUUUCUUUUCCAAAGGCGUAACAUCACAUUACGAAGAUGUUGAAGUACAAUCAUGUUAUGAAACGCAGGUCCAAAAUGGAACUUAUCCAGAAACAAAAUCGUCGCAGGAAAAUGCUGGUUAUACAGUGCUUGAUGUGAACAGACUGCGAGACAGAAAUACAAGGGAUGAUGGUACUUAUCAAAAACUAGUUAAACCGACCUCAAGUUACGUUAUACCACAGGAUGACAGAACAGAGCCGUGCGAGAACAUGAAAAUGGAAAUAAAUUUACCAGACUACACGGAGCUAGAUCAAAGCAAAAGAAAUGCUGAAAAUUAUCCUGCUUACCAAACGUUGCUAAAAACUUGAACAUGUUGCAGUGUGAACAUGAAGGAAAUGGCUUCAAAAAUUGAGUUUGUAUUAUUUGAAAAAAAAGUGAUUUGUUUUAGCGAAUAUGUCUAGAAACGCCGUGAAGUCCGUCAUCUUGUUUAUAUUUUCUACGUAAUUAACUGCAGUUUUGGUGACAUCAUAACCAUCGCAAAAUUAGACCAGGGGGUGAGGGGGCGAAAUUUAUGAGAACAUGUGGAUUUGGUCAAUUUGGGGGCGCUAAGUUUAAAAAUCAAUAGUAAUACAGACUGUGGGAGGGGACUGCAGACUCGUUUUCGCGAUUAAAGGCUUGUUUUGGCGCAAAACCGAUAUCUGCUCGAUUGAAGCGAAAGCAAUGGACAAUUUGUUCAAUCUGGCCACCUAUGUCAGGUUUUGGGCUCUGAUUUGAAAAUUUAAUCGUAUUCGACAAUAAACUCAUUUUCAAGAUUCAAAGCCUCGUUUUGGUGAAAUAUAGCGCUCUGUGCGUGAUUGUAAUAAACUAAGACAAAGACAAAUUUGACUGACGAAUAAGAGCAACAUAUACUCUCGGUUCUGUCGAGUGAAACGAGUCUUUUCUAAAUUCUGUUCCGAAAUGUCACAUACUCGAACCGACCUGACCGCGUGGCUCAGUUGGCAGAGCAUUGGGCUAGUAUUCCAACAGUCGUAGGUUCGAUUCCUACAGUGGACAGGCAUAUUUUUUAAGCUUGCCCGGUGUGGAUAUACACUCAGAGUAACAUCACAAGCAUCAUAUUCACUUGAGUACAUCAAUAUGAAAAUGGUUGUUCGUAUCUCUAAGUCAAGCGUUAGGUAGUCAUGAAAAUAUUUCGUGCACUUAAAUUGGAUAAGACCUCCUACCAAUCCCCGUUGACUCGAUAGCUCAAUGGGUAGAGCGGCGGUCUACAGUAGAUACCCGAAGAUUCGAGGUCAUGAGGAUGGUUCUGAAAUAGAAUUAAUUUUAUACUGUUGUUUAUAACAUAAAUAGCUAGAGAAUGAUAUACUCAGCUUUUGUUUUACUAUUCAAUGUAUUAUACUGUAACCAUCGCCCAUAUCCAUAUUGUUCUGUAUAUAAUUGUCGCACUUUGCCUUUGGUGAUAAACAUGAAAAUCAACAGAAUCAACUUGUAGUAUGUAUGCGAUAGCAGACGAAUCAUGCAGCCCUGACUCCGAGAUCAGUCUGCUAUGCUUCUCCGCAGCUCCAGGGGCGGGGGCGGCUGAGAGCAGUCUGCUAUCACAUGCAGACUAACGGCAGUGCGAAGAUACAAAUUUUACGUUCGAGAAAACAAUUUUUUACGAACGAGCGCAGCGAGUCAGUAAAAAUAUUGUUGUCAGUUUCACCACGAAAAGAUAAAAUAAUAAUAAGAUAUUAAUCUUCAUGUCAUCGUGUACAUGUAAUGUUCUUUUUAUUAUAUGAAUAGUCG